AUGGAUCGUAUUCGUUGGAGUGAAAAACUCAUUCCAUUUCAAAAUCUUGUAGACAAUCCAAAUAUUCAUAAACCUGCCCUUGUACAAGCGGGAAGUAAAGCGAUUGUAGUCGGUGAGAAAAUCAAUGGCGAAUUCAUUCUCGCCUCACCCUGUAAAGUAUCCGGUGAUCGUUUCGACGUGAUGGGGCAAGAAAUUGUACUUUCAAGCAAACACACAGGUGUAUGGAGAGUGAUAUCGAAAGCAACAUCUAGAAAAGAAGGUCAUAUUCAUCGUUUAACAACAGCAGACCUUGAAAGAAUUCAUGAACAAGAUGUUGCUAAUGAACGCAUUACACCUCGUUCGUAUAUCUGCGUGCGAGAUAUCGAAGUAUUCGAAUUGGUUGUUCGAAGUGAUGAUCCUGCUAUUUAUAAUGGCAAUCGUGUCGAACGACGGAUGAAACAGAUCGAAGAGAAUACGGAAUUUGAAAUUGAAGGAGCUGGAGAAGUUGAAUAUACACCUUCGGAAGGUGAACGAACGUCUCAGGAUUAUAUCUAUGCACCAAAAAGAAAACAACCGACUAUACUACAAUUGAUUCUUCCAGGAGUUGUGGAAGAGGAAGAGUUAAUACGAAAUCGCGUUGUUCGAGCACUCUAUUGUACAACAAAAGGUGGUACGCGAAAGCGUCAUUUUCUUCUCGAAGUCAAUGAACAACCUUGUGAAAUCCGUCCGAUCGCUUCCGAAGGUUCAACCGAAUUGCGCUAUCUUCAUUCAACACAGAAUCUCUACGAUUAUAUGUCAACUUACGGAAAUGAUACUAUUCUCUAUGUAAAGCUACUUCGAGGUGAUCCACCUAUCAAAGCAAUUGAAUUCGAUGGGUAUUUGGUUUUGAAAAACACAUUAAACGGUGAUAAGGUUCCUAUAUGUCGUGUAGACGAUCUCGAAGUGACGUUAAUUAGUCCCGAUUUUCCAUUGAGAGUUCGACUGCCAGGUCGCAGCGAACAUUCUUGGCAUUCAUUGUCUGAAGUUCGCGCUGCUGAAGUCCAAUGUAUGCAAUUAGCACUUGCUCUGCUCGCCCGUCAUGAAUCCGAAAUGUAUGUUUCAAUUGAUGCUGAAAAAAAGUCUACCAAUCGUUCACACUCAACGUAUAAUCAAGAACAACGUUCACACCGAUCUCGGCAAGCAGAUGAAAUUCGGAGAAAGCACGUUGAAGAGUGUGAGAAAGUGUUUGGAGCUAAUUCCAAUCAAUCCAGCACGAAGUCCCGAUCGACCACGGAUAGCAAAUCGCAUUCAUCAUCAUUAGUUACCACUCAAAUGAAAAACCUAGAGCUUACAAAUAGACCGUCUCAUCAACAUCGCGAGUCUUCUAAUCGUGCAACUAGACACUCGUCUCAUCCCGCCUCGGACCGAUUGUAUCGGACGUUUGAAAAUCGUGCUGAGAGUGACGAAAAUGCUGGCUAUAAUGAGACAUAUGAUCAUUCACAAGAACCAACUGCUAGGCAUUCUUCAAACAAUUCCAGACCAAAAAUAAAUAGAAAUUAA